AUGGAUUACAAGAAAUUCCUGCUGUUCGGGGAUUCUAUUACUGAAUUUGCUUUUAACACUAGACCGAUUGAAAAUGACAAAGAUGAGUAUGCUCUUGGAGCCGCGUUAGUCAACGAGUAUACGAGAAAAAUGGAUAUCCUUCAAAGAGGGUUCAAAGGGUACAACUCCAGAUGGUCGUUGAAAGUACUUCCUGAAAUUCUAGAUAACGAAUCCAACAUUGUCAUGGCCACCAUCUUUUUUGGCGCCAACGAUGCAUGCUCAGCAGGCCCUCAAAGUGUUCCCCUCCCUGAAUUUGUUGAUAAUAUAGGUCAGAUGAUAUCUAUAAUGAAGUCUCAUCAUAUCUGUCCUAUUAUAAUAGGACCGGGGCUGGUAGACAGGGAGAAGUGGGAAAAAGCAAAAGCUGAAGAAAUAGCCCUUGGAUAUUUUCGCACCAACGAGAACUUUACUAUUUAUUCCGAUGCGUUAGCAAAACUUGCCAAUGAGGAAAAAACCCCCUUCGUGGACUUGAAUAAGGCAUUUCGGGAGGAAGGUGGCGAUGCUUGGCAACACCUACUAACAGACGGACUGCACUUUUCCGGGAAAGGGUACGAAAUUCUUCAUGACGAACUAUUGAAGGCCAUUGAGAUAUUCUACCCCCAAUAUCAUCCUAAGAACAUGCAGUACAAACUGAAAGAUUGGAGAGAUGUGCUAGAUGAUGGAUCUAAUAUAAUGUCUUGA